UCGAAACCCACGAAACUUAAAAGAGAGAGUAGUAGAAGAUCCUCUUGCAGAAAUGUUGUAAACAUUAUGUUUUUCAUUGAACAUAUUUGCAUAUAUUUUACACUUAAACUGCAUCGAAAACGGUACAGCCUUUGAAUUUAAAUGCCAUGUAAAAACAGAUUAGCGUUUAGAGUAGCCUAACAUUUGCACGUUAACUGGCGGUGGUGGUGCAUCUGGUUGUCAAGUUCAACAGCUCAGUGUAAACAUUACCAUGAGGUCCAACAAGCACCAAGCAAAGCUCAUCAACAGGCUGCAUUGGGGGUACUUGUUGGAAGCCUAGUGACCACUGGCUGGCAGACAUGCUGUGUUGGUGGGAUAGAACUGCCUUUCAGUUAGGGCCACUGGAGGUGGGGAUGACUCGGCGGAGACUCUCCUCAGACGGUGGCCUGUCCACCAGCAGCACCUCACUCGCUGAAGCCAACGCCAGUGAUCCAGAACAUGUCUCCCAAAUUACUGGCAUGAGUGUUGAGAAGCAACUCCAGAAGGAAAAUUCUGACCUAAAAAAGCAAUUGGAAGACCUAAGGGCCCAGUAUCAGCAGCUCCUGGAGGAGGGGAAGGAGGAGACGCUGGAGGAGAGGAGGGUGAACCUGCUCAAGGCCCAGGUCAUGCAGUUGGAGAGACAGGUAGUGUUGCUGUCCGAGGGCCUGAGCGCACAGGUGUGUCGCUGUCACGAUGUUGAGAGAGCCCUUGAUCCGCUCGUAGACAAACUAAGAUCGCUGAUGUGCUCGGAGUCCCCUGGCCCUGAGGUGUGUAUCCAACAGUCUGAGCUCACCCAGCUGCUUGAGAGGUGUGCAGAUGUCAGACAGAAGCUACAUAGAAAAGUCAAGGCAACCACGGUGGAAGACCUCUCCAUGCCCUGGGUGCUGACUAAGUCAAACCUGGUCAAGCAGCCUGUGACCCUGCUUGAUCUCUGCUAUGGCAAGACAAAUAACUUAAACCUUCAGCGAGUGAGUGCCCUGGAGUCCCGGCUCUGCCAGCUGUUCAAACACCUGCAUGGGAUCAGGCAGACCCUGAGCCUGGUCCUGGCCCCCGGCAGCGGAGAGGAGGCCCCCCUCGUCCCCCCCGGGCGGGGCCCCUCGGCCCUCUACGCGCGGCUGCUCAACCAGGCGGCGAGCUGCGUGCCCGAGCUGGACGGCUGCUGCAGUGACCUCCUCAUCCUCUCACUGCUCGUCCCCACGGCCCCAUGGGUAGGCUCGGAGCAGCAGGUGAGCCUGGAGCUGAGGCCAGAGGAGGUGCUGGCGUCUCUGCCGGCCUUUCCCAGAGGGGCCCCUCAGCAGCGGGCCAGGAGGGCUGCCGAGGCACUGUGCCGAGCCUCCAACCACGCACAGCUCAUGGCCCUGCAGCAGGUGGAGGCUCUGCAAGCCGAGCUGGAGUUCCACAGAAGCCUGUACAGCCUGCAGGUCACCUACACAGAGGAGCUCAUUCAGGGCGUGCGCCGAUCCUACCAGGCCUUCCAGGACAGCGUCACACACAGUCUGUGUGUCCCACUGCAAGAUGUGCUUUCAUGUUAUGCUGAUUUGCGGAGCUCGGCGUCUGAGGAGGCGCUCCGCCACUUCCUGACAGCCUUCAAGAGCAACGCCAUGUGCAUCCAGGAGGCGGUGGAGGCCCUCGACCCUUCAAAGAGCCGAGGAGCAGAGGCGCUGUCGCGCUACGGCGAGGAGUUCCUGGCGGCCGUGGAGCGCAUCCUGGGCGAGUGCGGUCAGCGCCGGGAGCGGGCGGCCGGGCGGCUGCAGGACCUGAGGCUGGAGCAGGAGCAGGCCCUGGAGCUGCUGAGCGGCCUGAGUCUGGAGAGGCAGGAGAGGAGGGCCCGGAGGCAGGCCGGGGGCUCCCAGGGGCCCAGGAGGGGGUCCGAAUGGCCGGCGAGGGGUCUCGAUGGAUCUGGGAGAGGGUCCGAGGGGCCAGGGCGGAGUGGGGAUGCAGGAAGGAGGGGUUCUGGGGAGCAGGAGAGGGGUCAGACACCAAAGGGGAGGAUUCUUGGGGAACAAGAGUGUGUUGUGGAGGGUCAAGAGGGGAGCUUAGAACAACAUGUGGGUCUAGGACUCCCAUCCAGAAUGUUGGAACAACAGGAGACCAGCGUAGAACAGCAAGAGAACUGCAGCUUAGAACAACAAGACAGCAGUUCAGAGAAGCAUGGGGGGACACCUGUGCCUGUCCAGUCCUCCACGUCCGACAGACAAGAGCGGGCGCGUUCCGUCGGACGCAGGGGCAGUGCAGGGUCAGAUAAAGUAGUCAGUGGCAGGCAGCCCGCUUCACUGACCGCCAGCGCCAAGCAGAGGGCUCUGAAGAAAGCCCUGUCCAUGGACAUGACAGCAGACACGGGCCCCCAGCGCUCUCCCGCGCAGCCCACCGGGGUCAUCCAGAGGCCAGCCAGGAGCGCGCCGCGCAAGCUCCCCCCCAUGGAGCUCUCAGGCAGGCCAGAGUGGCAGAGCUAGCGCUGGGGCUAAUGCUAGACCGCCGAGUCAUCUGGAGAGAGAGAGAGAGAGAGCUGCAGGGGGUAGUGAGGCAACCCAGAGAACUGGGGCGAGAAAGAGAGAGGGAGAGAAGGAGAGAGCGUGAAGGGGAGAGAGACUUCUGGGUUAAUGCAGUGACUAGAAAACACUCUCAGCACAGGCUGAGCAGACAGUGAGAGAGAGAGAUGGAGAGAGAGGUGGAUGUAGAGAGAGAGAGAGAGAGAGAGAGAGAGAGAGAGAGAGAGAGAGAGAGGUGGAUGUAGAAAGAGAGAGAGAGAGAGAGAGAGGAGCUGGAGAAAAUGAAAAGCACUUAGGGAGGGCAUGUUUUUUCGGUGUCAAGCAAAGUCCACGUCUGCUUUCAUCAGCUUCCAUAGCUCCAACGGUGCAUUCACUACGAGAGCGGACGGCUGAAGGGAAUCUGAGGACCAGAGAGGGCUUUUUGGGGUACAUGGUAGUGUGGGGGUGGUGGUGGAGCGUGUGUGUGUGUGUGUGGAGGGGAGGGUAAUGUAGGCACCUGUCCCUGGGUUUUACUGCCUCUCCUCAGACCCCAGGUGCCACAUUUUUAACAGUUUAGUUCUGGCAGUCAGGGCUGUCAAGAGAAUCCACUGGCAAAACUCACAUUUUUAUAGGUUUCUAAAGUGUGUGCUGUGCUGUGUAUGUGUGUGUGCUAUGUGUGUGUGUGUGUUUUGACUGAUUAAAUUGCCCUUUUAAUGGAAAAAUGACAAAAAAAAGUGUAGCUCUAAGUGCUGUAGCUUUUGUGUGUUUUUCUUAGUCUGACAUUUUAAAGUGGGGUCAAGAGAAUCUUUAUAUUUUGCAAUUAAAGAGGAAAUGUGUGUGUGUGUGGGGUGUGAGUCUGUGUCACGGUGGGUAAACCUGUCAGAAAUGUGCCCUUGACUUAUGACCUGAACCUGAGACUCAAGUAUGUGGCCCUCACCAGACUGCCAAUCAAAAGGCUGGAAAUGUACUAAUACAUUUGCUGUGUCCUUCAAUGUAAAUGCAAAUAUUGCUCAAUCAUCCAGUCUGAUUCUUUUAUGUGACCAUAAAGGUUCAGGUUCAUCAGGGCAUGUAGUACAUGGAUAAACAGCAUUCCCUCCUAUGA